AAAUAUCCACAGAUUGUAUCAUUUUUAUCGUCAGAUUAAGAUUGAUUUUUCUCAAUGAAUUUAUUUUUUAUUACGUGAAUGCUACUUUGAUUGAGAUUUACUUACAGUUUCUGAAAAUAUUGGACUAUUGAUGAAUUCAAAGGCGUUGAGUUCCGUUAAAUUUGUACAAUUUUAUAUAGGUUUGGUAUAAGUUGAAACAUACAUUUACUCCACUGACGGCUAGAAAAUAACUAAAAUUGUACAUUGUAAAUUCGACCAUGACAAGUUCCCACAAAAAUAGGGAUAAGAUCUGAGCUGGGUAUCUUUUGAUCAGAUGUCAGCAGAUAAAACUACAACCAAGGGUCUGUUGAUAAACCAGAGUCUACCAUCAGCCCACAAACUCCUGCUGCCGCACAAGAAACAGCUACUGAAGGUAUAAGUUCCGAAUGUUUAUCAAAUAUUGUUCUCGCUGAAAAUUAACUCACCAUCGAUGAGACGGGAAAAUCCGCAGGAGAUCCAAAAAUAACUACCAAAAAGUCGUCAGCUGAAAAGGAAAAACUUAAUAAUGAAGUGACUUCGAAGUCCGAAAAGAGUAUGGAAUCGGAAAUGGAAAAAGAUUCUCUUUCCCCAAAAUCUAAUGAAGCAUUGCCGGCGGAUGCAUCGCAGGGCAAGGAAGCAAUCGUCGAUUUGUCGUCAGCCGCUCGUGAGACUGACGCUGGGUCGCUGCCCCCUGAAACCUCAAUUGCAUCGCCAGAAGUUUUGGGUCAGAAAGACGUCUAUAAAAUAACCGGGGAAAACAGGAAAACCCCCUCCCCUGUAAUCUUGAGUCCUAAGGAUCAGUCUGAAAAUACCGAAGCCUCUUCUGUCACGCCAGGUCAAGGUGAGAAAAGAGACGAUGACGAAGGGAAGGAAGAAAAUAUAAUCGGUGAUAACACCGUAACAAGUACAGCAAAAAAAGACGUAGGAAAAGUCUUCAUGGUUAAUGGUGAUGCAGAGAGAGCCAAGGAUGCGGCAAUAAUUACGACAAGUGGUGCAAGCGGUGUUGCCACAGAUGAUGAAUUGCUUUCGGUUGAGAAUAAUAUUGCGUGUGCAUCAAAAAAUUUGAGCGACAAGGAUGAUGAUGAUGUAGUGCUAAUUGUUGAGAAAAUAGAACCUGAAGAGAAAACUUCUGGUGAUGAUGACAGAAAAAAUGUAUCUUCACCUUCUGCUGAGGAGAAAAUGGAAAAACUUGCAAUGGAUGUUGAGAAAUACAUCGUGGCCAGCAUGGACGACCUCAUCGAACCUGCAGUCAAGAAGGAGAUCGCUGAUCCUGCGCGCAGCGGAGCGCAGGACGGAGGCUACGGGGCGAUCAUCAAAGAUGACGGCGAGGUGGUCGAAAAUUUCACUAUUGGGGCUAGGCCCUACUCUUGUGGUGAAAGCGUUGCUGCCAGAGAAAGUUCUGAGCAGGAGAGUCAUCAAGCUGGAAAUUCGAAGAAAGAGAAAGAAGAAUUGUGUGAUAACAUAAUAGAUAGCAUGCAAAUAAACGGCUCGCCGGGAGUAGAAGCAGAAAUUGCCGAAAUAACUGGUGGCCGUAUUAUAGGCUCAACAGAACAAUCUGAUCAGCCAGAACAAUCUGAACCCGACCUGGACGAAGGUGUCACUCAAAUUGUGAAAAACACCGAGAGAAUCAAAGAUGCGGUUGAAAAAAAUUUACUGAAUGGAGAUAAAGCUGAAAUUGGAAAUAUUGUCAUUGAUGACAAUGAUUCGACAGAGAAAUCGAAAGAUGCUAGCCAAAAUCUGUCAGAGGACGCAAAAAGUCACGAUGAGGUUGUUGGUUCGGUGGAUCAAGGGAUCUCUCAGGAAGUUGAUAGCCAAAAAGAGGGGUCAGGUCAGCUGACCGGAACUGAUGAAGACGUCUCUUUACUUCAGAAAGAAGAAAUAAAAACUGAAAUAGAAAUUCAUUCCAGCGUCAUAACAUCUGAAGUUAGUGUCACUAGCUCACUUGUUGAGGAAAUGAAAGUUAGUGAAGAAGUAGACGCUGACUGUAAUGGCACCACUGUGACAGUUCAAAGAGAGAUGAUAGAACAAGUUGAGAGUUCUUCGUGUGUCACAAAAGAAACAACGCAAGCUGCUCUGGUAGCCACAAGUGAAGACGUAGGUGCUGAAACUGAUGAUCUUGUAUGUGAAACAGCUAAACAAGAAACGAUGAUGGAAACUGUGGGAGAGAAAACUGAAGAAAACGUCAGUGCUGCAGAGCCCGUGGCAGAUGAGACGAGCAGUGAAUUGGAAGCUUCGUCAUUGGCGAAAAAAACAAAUGCGAGUGAAGAUACUAAUGAGAGCGUCGAGAUAGAAACAUGCAAGCAAGACGAUAUAUCUGAGAACGAUGAAAUCAUAAAAGAAACGAAAGAAAUCGUAAGUGAUGUGCAGAACGUCAAAGUAGAAAUGAACAAGCAAUCUGAAAAAUCUGACAGCGUUUCAAUCGUGGAAGAAACAGAAACGAUCGAGUGUGAUGUACAGCGCAUCGAAGAAAAAAUUAGCCAAAAAUUUGAAAAAUCUGAGAACGUUUCAAUCGUGGAAGAAACUAAAGAGAUCGGUAGUGAAGUACAUCGCGUCGAAAUGGAAAUGAGCGAGCAAUCUGAAAAAUAUGAGAGCGCUUUAAUUGUGGAAAAAACACAAGAGGUCGAUGGUGAUAUACAGCGCGUUGAAGUAGAAAGCAAACAAUCACUAGAAUCUGAGAGCUUGUCUGUGAUGACAGUAAAAAAGUGUGAAUAUGGGUCUUCCACCAAAGAAUCCAAAGAGGUUGAAACGAAUGAGGAAACUUCCGCAAUCGAAACUUCAGUGACCGAAAUCUCUUCAAGUGAAGUUGUAGAGCAUCACUAUGAAGAAUCUCAAGCUCUUGUUCUAACUGAAACUCGAAACAGCUCUGAUACAAAUGCUGUUGCCGCCAUUGGUGAGCAGACUCAGCAAGCUGUAAAAACAGCGGAUUCAGAAGAAGCUAGCGACUCCACGAAAAAGAAAAUAGCAACGGCACCUAGAAGCGGUGGUCGCGUAAGCCGCAGGAGAAGCCCGACGAAGCCUUCGUCAUCACGCCGAAGAAUUUCUCGACCUGAAGAGGGCCACGACAGCGGCGUCGACGAGACAACACAGUCACAG